CCGAUUGCGUUAGAAGUGAGAAAGAAGAGAAAUAAAUACAAGAAACUGGUGAGUUCAGAAUCAAAUAGAAGAGAAUGGCGAAGGAUAAGACGAUCGGGGUGGCGAUGGAUUUCUCGAAGAGCAGCAAGGCGGCGCUGCAGUGGUCCAUCGACAACCUGGCCGACAAAGGCGACACCUUCUACAUCGUACACGUCAAAUCUCAUUCCCCCGACGAGUCCCGCGCCAAUCUUUGGUCUCAAUCCGGCGGCUCUCCUCUGAUCCCGCUGUCGGAGUUUCGUGAGCCGGAGGUGAUGAAAAAGUACGAGGUUCCGACGGAUGCUGAAGUGCUCGACGUACUCGACACCGCUACCCGACAGAAGCAGAUAAGAGUGGUGACAAAGCUAUACUGGGGGGAUCCCAGAGAGAAGAUCUGCGAGGCUGUGGAAGAUCUCAAGUUGAAUUCGUUGGUGAUGGGCAGCAGGGGCCUCUCCACCCUCAAAAGGAUAAUACUGGGAAGUGUGACUGAUUAUGUGGUGGCGACAGCGGCCUGUCCGAUUACCGUUGUCAAAGACAAGGACGACUAGGAAAUAUUCGAUAUUCUAUAUUACAUCAAUACAUACAUAUAAAUAUUCAUAUAUAUAUAUAUAUAUAUGAAUAUGAUCCUUCUCAUAAAUAAUCGAUAUGUUAUGCUGUGCAUGCUGUCA